AUGACAGCUAGCAAAAUGAGUGAGCGAAAAUUUACGAGAGGCUUGAGGAAACCAGGGAUGGCGGCACAGCUUCGCGAGACUGUUUCGCAGGCUGUUCGCGAGAGUACUGUUUUGAACAAGCCUCAGUUGGUUGACCCAAUAGAUUUUGAAACUUUCAUUUUAAAAAACAAGACACUUCUCCAAAAUGAUCCUCAGCGAGAACUAUUACUUUAUCCUGCUGAUGAUGUGUCUCAAGUUGUGCUUCCUAGACGAUACAGGACAACUAACCAUAGUGUGCCUGUAAACUAUGAAACAUCAGAUUGCUGUUUGUUUACACGAGAAUGUUUGAAAAGUUAUACUUGUAACUGGAAUCUGAUCCAUUACAAAUACAGUGCAUAUUCUGGAACAUACCUUGAGUUACCUAAGAUUCUAAAAUCAGAGGAACUGAAAGAUGAGGUGUAUGAAGUGGAUACAGAUGCAGAUCAGAUUGAUGAGGAUUCAACAUUAAAAGCAGAUGGCAUCACAAAACAGGGCUAUUUGAUGAAAGGCCCAGAAACAGGGAGUGAUCGAAUGUUUGUCAAUCUAGGAUCUAAAUCCUUCAAACGACGUUACUGUUACUUGAGGCAAGAAGUUGAUGGGACAUAUAUUUUAGAACUGCACAAGGAUGAAAAGGAGACUGAAGCAAAAGCAACAAUUGUUAUGGAUUUUUGUACAGAAGUUGUUAGGAACACUAAACGAGGCCGGUUUUCCUUUGAAUUGCGCAUGACUGCUGGUCACAAAUCAUUUACCCUUGCUGCAGAAUCUGAGGCUGAAAUGCAAGACUGGAUUAAUAAGCUGAGUGCUGUCAUUCAGCAGAUAAAAAUACAGGAAGAAAAACGAGCGGCCUCAUUGGAGAGAGCAAAUAAUGCUCAGCCUCCUUCUCCACAACCAGUUCAAAUGUAUGGUACACUAAAAGGGCUGGAGCAGAGUAUGAACCCUCAACUGAUAAAAUAUUCUCGUGAAACUGAUGUAUCCAUAUCAUUGGCUAGAAAAGAAAAUAGGCGUCGAUUAUUUAGUAUUUAUCCACACAUAUUGCAUGUAAAGAAUAAUACUGAUAAUGCUGUUGAGCAAAAUAUCGAGCCAUAUAGAGAACAGUUUGGUCAACGUAUUUUAGUUACUUGUGAAAAUAUAAGAUUCCGGCUUCAAGCACCAAUUGAUGGAGAGAAGGAAGGCCUUUGCCAGGUGGAACCGUAUUUAACAACUUUAGCUUUGUUUGACACAAAACAAGGACAGACAAGGAAGCUUACUGAAAAUUUUCAUUUUGAUGUCAAUCAUCCUCAAGUACGACACAUGCUUCCUCCUUCCUACCAAAUGACUAAUGGCAGGGAGUGUGCUGGAGAUAAUUUGUUGGCGCCGGAGUUUCAGCAAAUACCAAAUGAAUGGAUAAAGUAUCCAAGGCAGGCUAUAUUUAGUGUCAACAACCCUCACUCUGAAAUUUACUUGGUUGUGAGGAUCGACAAAAUACUUCAGGGAGGUAUAUGUCAAACAACGGAACCUUAUAUAAGGAGUACAAAGGAUCCUCGUCUUGGGCUUAAAAUUCAUAAACAAGUAAAAACAUGUAGUCAGAGGUUAGGAAAUUAUAGAAUGCCUUUUGCAUGGGCAGCACGACCACUAUUUCGGCUUUAUACUAACGAAUUAGACACAACCCCUGACUUCCCAGCUGUAUACAGACAAGAAGGAAAUAAACUUACAGAUGAAGAAAUUUUGAAAGUGCUUGCAGAAUAUAGAAAACCAGACAAAAUGAGCCGUCUCACUGUAAUUCCUGGAUGGAUCACUGUAAAGGUGGAGCAGAUUACAGAGAUUCCUGAGAAUACUCUAACAACAACACUUGCUCCCCUUAAGCCAUUUCCUCUCCCACCAACAAGUGAACCAACUCUAGAAGUAGUAGAGUUUGAGGGGAGUUCCGAGAAGGAUGUUCAUCCAUUUACAACAUUUGUGAAUCAUCUGUACGUUUACCCUAGAAGUCUGAAUUUUGAUAUGCAGAAGAAUUUUACAAGGGCAAGAAACAUUGCCUGUAGAGUUGAACUCAGGGAUUCUGAUGAAGAUGGUGCAGAACCUCUUUGUUGCAUAUAUGGGAGACCAGGAGGUUCAGUGUUUGUGCAGCAAGCUUCAUGUGCUGUCCUUCACCACAACACUUCUCCAUCUUGGUAUGAAGAAGUGAAAAUGAGACUGCCAAUACAACUACACUCCAAACACCAUCUACUCUUUACAUUUUUGCACAUAUCUUGCGAUUCAUCAAAGAAGAAGGACAGCGUAGUUGAGAGUUGUGUGGGAUAUUCUUGGACACCUUUACUCCAUAGAGGAAGGUUAAACGUUGAAGACCAAAUACUUCCAGUUGCAGUUAAUCUUCCUCCAGGCUAUUUAGCAGUGCAGCCACUGGGAUUGGGAAAAGGGUUUGCAGGCCCGGAAGUGAACUGGAUUGAUAAUCAAAAAUUUAUUUUUACUGUUGGUUUUCAACUAUACUCAACUGUUUUCACAAAAGACCAACAUCUCCAUAAUCUUUUUGCACAUACAGAAAAACUGUUGGAUGUAAAGCUACCCCAGUUAACUACUGACUCAGAGACUUGUAAAGUUCUGAAGGCGGCACAUGCUAUUCAACUUACAGCUGCAAUAACUUUUCUUCCAACUCUUCUAAAUCAUCUGUUCACAUUGUUAGUAGUUUCAAGUUCUGAAGAAGUUGGAUUAAAUAUAAUAAGAGUCUUGAUUCAUAUUGUUCAUAUGAUACAUGAAGCUGGAAGAAAAGACAUACUUCAGUCAUAUGUGAAGUUUGUUUUUGUGCCUCCUACUGUGCAGUCAUCAACCACAGUCCAUGAAGAAAUGAGUAGACAUUUACCAACUCUUUUACGUCCUGCAAAUACAGAUUUCCUUGUUGUCAAUAAAUUUAUGCAUCAUUCAAGUUUCUUUUUUGAUGUGAUGGUGAAAAGUAUGGCACAAUAUUUGUUGACCACUGGCCGAAUAAAGAUGCAUCGAAAUGAAAGAUUUGCUUCCGAUUUCUUGUUCAGAAUACAGAAUCUGCUUCAAGUUCUGUGUCCUUACAUAAUACAAAAGUACAAAGAAAUGCCUAUAGAAACUCAAGAGCUAAAUUGCAGUAUUGCAAGUUUUCUCAAGAGAUGUCUAACAUUCAUGGACAGAGGCUAUGUGUUUAAACUCAUUAACUCGUACAUGGACAAGUUCAAUCCAGGAGAUCCAAAAACUCUUCAUGAGUGUAAAUUUGUUUUUUUGCAAAUUAUUUGCUCACAUGAACACUAUGUGGCCUUCAAUCUUCCAAUACGCCAUUCAAGAAUAGGACUUAAAGGAAGAUCAGACUAUGUUGAUGGCUUCUGUCUGUCAGAAGAAUUUUGCAAGCAACAUUUCCUAGUUGGUCUUCUGCUUCAGGAAGUGAGAACUUCACUAAAUGAAGUCUCUCAGAUUAGAAAAAUUGCUAUCUCCACUCUUCGAGACUUAUUAGCAAAACACGAACUUGAUGACAGAUAUCAAAAUAAGGGUCAAAUGGCACGUAUUGCUGCUAUCUACUUACCAUGGCUGAGUAUAGUGCUGGAGAAUCUCAACCGUUUAAAUGCAUCAUCAGAUGGAAGCAAACAUCUUGAUCCUUGUAACAAACAUAGUGCUGGCAGUCGAUUAUCAAGUAGUAGUUCCUUCUUGAAUUUUAAAGAUACAGCAUCAAUUGAUACUCCAAAGUCGUCACAUCGGUUCACUAUGCUUGUAGAUGGAAAUCCAUCAUUCAGGGCAUCAAUGCACGUCAGAGAUUCUUCAUAUUUAGCAGCUAUUGCUGGUCAAGGUAUGUUGAAUGGAUGCUCAUCUGUUAGUCUGGAGUCAGAGUCAUCCACAAUGUCUGCAGAUGGACAUUCAACCAUUUCUCAAGAGACCACUAUUAUCCGAGAACCUAGAGAUGAUGGUGUUAAUUUCAAGAGACAUUCAAGGUCUGUGAGUACCUCACAACCCAUUCGAUGUGACAAGCUGCAAGCAUCAGAAGUGAAAGAUAUUUUGCUGUGCUUCAUGUUUGUUGUAAAAUACUUGGGAGAUGAAUAUUUAGUGAACUGGUGGCAGCAGUGCUCUGAGACAGAUACACUCAGCUUCUUCAGGUGUAUUGAGAUGUGCUUGCAUCAGUUUAAAUAUAUUGGGAAACGUCAGAUUAUUGGAAGAGCAAGUGGCAAACCAGGAACAACUAAGGCGAUGACUUUACCAGCUCGAAUGCAACCUCCAGAUUUUUCUGGUGAUGGUGAAGCAUUUAAUACGCACAGUGGAAGCAGCAGUGUUGGAAGAGAGAAUAUGCAGCAGUUAGUGGCAGAAAAUGAUUCCAGUAAACUUUACCAAGCACUUUUGGAGGCAAACAUGGCAACUGAAGUUGGACUGAUUGCUUUGGAUGCUUUAGGACUAUAUUGCCUGCACUUUAAAGACAAUUUGCUGGAUACUGAGGGAGAUAAUGUUGUAAUGAAGAAGCUGUUUGAUAUUUAUCUGUCAUUCCUUCAAGUUGGUCAGUCAGAAACAUUGUUCCGGCAUGUUUUUGCAGCUUUGCGAGCAUAUAUAAACAAUUUCUCUGUCGCAUUAUUUAAAGGUGAUGCAGUCCUUUGUGGAAGACUAUGCUAUGAGCUGCUAAGGUGCUGUAAUAGCAGACUGUCAACAAUAAGACAAGAAUCCUGUGCCAUAUUGUAUCUUCUGAUGAGAAGUAAUUUUGAGUUCAGCAAUCGCAAAGGUCUUACAAGAGUCCACUUGCAGGUGAUAAUUUCUGUAUCGCAAAUGUUGGGAAAUGUCAUGGGUCUGAACAAUGCCCGUUUCCAAGAAUCACUUUCUCUUAUAAACAGUUAUGCAUCUAGUGACAAAGUAAUGAAGGGUACAGGUUUCCCUCUGGAAGUGAAAGACCUUACAAAGCGAAUUCGAACUGUGCUGAUGGCAACAGCACAAAUGAGGGAACAUCAUCAAGAUCCAGAGAUGCUCGUUGAUUUACAGCACAGUCUUGCCAACUCUUAUGCAUCCACACCUCAGCUUAGACACACGUGGCUUGAAGCAAUGUCUCGCAACCAUGACAAAGAAGGCAACUAUUCAGAAGCUGCAUCAUGUCAGUUGCAUAUUGCUGCUCUCAUUGCUGAGUAUCUGAAAUUAAAAAACAUCCACAACUGGGGUGCAGAGGCAUUUGAAAAAAUUUCAUCCAACAUAGCUAAAGAUGAAAGAAGUCUGAAGUUGGAUGCAGGUGUCCAAGACAUCCAGUAUUCUGAAAUUAGUUUGUUAGAACAGUUGGAGAGAUGUGCUGACUUAUUAGUGAAAGCUGAACGCUUUGAACUCCUGGGUGAUCUGUAUAGGCUGAUUAUACCAAUAUAUGAAGCAAAACGCAAUUAUGAAAUGCUGGCUCACUGCUAUCAAAACUUAAUGCAAGCAUAUAACAAAAUUGUAGAAGUAACACGAUCUGGAAAGCGUCUGUUGGGUCGUUACUAUAGAGUAGCCUUCUUUGGUCAGGCAUAUUUUGAAGAAGAGCAUGGAAAUGAGUAUAUAUAUAAGGAGCCAAAACUGACGUCUCUUUCUGAAAUAUCUGAAAGGCUUAAAAAGUUGUACAGUGACAAAUUUGGCCAUGAAGUUGUCAAAAUUAUAAUGGAUUCUGCUCCGAUAAAUGCCAGUGCCCUUGAUUCAAAAUAUGCUUACAUUCAAGUGACUCAUGUGACUCCCUAUUUUGAAAAAUCUGAAUUGGAAGAGCGGCAGACAGAAUUUGAGCAAUCACAUGACAUAAACACAUUUAUGUUUGAGACACCAUUCACGAAGGAUGGAAGAGUCCGUGGCAGCCCUGAAGAACAAUGGAAAAGAAGAACAAUACUCACAACUCAGUAUUCAUUCCCAUAUGUGAAGAAAAGAAUAAUUGUAGAAAAAUAUUCUAUACAAGAACUUAACCCUAUUGAAGUAGCCAUUGAUGAAAUGCAACAAAAGGUUGCAGAGCUAGAGGAAGUUGUGUUCACUAAACCCACAGAUGCAAAGAAACUGCAGCUUAGAUUGCAGGGAAGCAUAUGUGUACAAGUCAAUGCUGGACCACUAGCAUAUUCAUCAGCUUUCCUAGACCCUAGUGUGGACUCUCACUACCCUGGUGAAAAGGUAGAGGAGCUGAAGGAUAUAUUCAGGGAUUUUGUAAAAAUAUGUUAUACAGCUCUCCAAAUAAACAGCAAAUUAAUUACCCAGGACCAGCUGCAAUAUCAAGAAGUGCUUCAGCAGAAUUACCAGAAGCUCUGUCAUAAUUUGUCAACUUUGUUGGGUGAGUCACUGUGGCCUGAUGAAGAAAUGGGAGUUUUCAAAAGAAACAGUCAUGUGUUGUUUGGUGUAAUAAGUGGAUCAUCAAGUGCCUCAAGUACUGCUUAAUAAUGGGAUUUACUAGUGAUCAUCAUUGUGCACAUGACUGUCUGUUUUUAUAUUCUUGCUCACUGGUACCAAGACUUCAGUAGUACUUUUGUUAUUUCUUUCAGUGUGGCCAACACAAAGCUGUGGAUUGUUUGUCUUGAGGUCACUGCUGGAUAAGGUUAAUUGUCCUUGCUGGUAAAGGAAAAUGACUUGAUGUGUUGCAGCACUGAUUAUAUUUUCUUGGAUAUUGUAUAUCCACAUUGUAAGUUUCUACUGUGUACUUAUUGUGUGAAUGUUUAAGAUGGAUUGUUAUUUUGGUAUUUGUGCCCUAUACUGUAUCAAUAGGGCAUUCAGGGUUACAAAAUCUCAUUUAUUCUUGCAAGUAAGAUUUUUUUUAAGGGUCAAUGAAAAUGAAAUGAUACUCGAAUUUCUAUUUCAUUUUGUAUCUGUUGAAUGAAACACAUUUUUAAAACGUUGGUCCUGAAGUAAAUUAAAAAUGGUAGGUCAGUCACACUGGGUUACAUAUGUAGGAGUUAAUGAUGUUACAAAGACUGAAUACAUUAUUUUCUGCUUUGUACUUUGUGAAUAAUGAAGAGUUACUGUUAGUGUUACUGUUGAGAGGAGCACAAAUUGUAGAAGUUUUUGUAUGGAGGUAUAAAUUUUAUCACACAAAUAUAAAAAGGUAAAAGCUGGUAAUGUCAUGUGGUAAAACAAUGCAAAUUUUUUUGUGUAUCUCAGGUGCACUGACUCUGUACUUAAGUGUUCUCAAUCACAUAGCCAUUUGUAGGACCGAUAUUGUUAAAGAGUGUUUCCUUGCAGAUGUAAAUAUGUAACUUUUAUCUGCUGUGUGCGUGUAAGAAAAGUGUUGUGUGCAAUAAUGAAUCUCUUUGUAUGUCUAUGGCAAAUCUGUGGUAUACCUCUGUUAAUGUAAUCUACUUAUCUAAAUUGUGCUGUGAAUCAUAUGAGUUUCUGAAAGAUGCUCUGGAAACUGAUUUUAUUCUUGGAAGAUUGUGGCAAAAGAUACAUAUAUUGUAUUUUACAGUUCAAGUGCAAUCACAUAAUUUAUUUACAAUUUAUUUUAAUGUAGCAUUCUGAUGAUAUCAUGAAUAACGUAAAUUAGUAGAUGUUUUGCUAUUAAUUUAAGUAACAAGAAGCAAGACAUCAGGCACUGAACUCAUUAUUCAUGAUGGUGGUUGAAUAAAUAUGUAAAUUAUAUGUAUAUAUUUUUACUUCUGCUACAUCACUCAUAAUGAGAAUCUCAGUUUCAUGAUUGUUUUAUAACGAUUUGCUGACUUUCAUCAGCGAUUAAUGUGUAAUGUUAUGAAGUUUUUCACCACUGAACAGUGGACCAAUAUGUAGCACAUUGUCCAUGGGAACUAUUGACAGUAGAUAAUCCCAUUUAUAAGACUGUCAUCUAGAAGGAUUUCUUUGUGUAUUGAAAAUAUUUCAGUAUAAUUACUGUCUGGGUAACAGCUGUUUCCAAAAGUAAUUGAAUGUUCAAAUUUUUAACAUCAGGUUUUAAAAUCUAACAGUGUCAAACUGCAGUGCAUAAGCCUAAUGAAAAUAAAAAUAUUUUAAUAAGAGAUAGUGGGAGUGAAUGAAAACUAUAAUUUUUGCAGCACCUAAUAGAUUAAUUGUUGUGUGCCAAUUUAUAUUAAUACUGUGUAUAGAUGAGGGCUUCAUUGUAAAGUCCAUUAUUUAGAAAGUUCUUCCCAUUGUUUCCUUCUGUCCCCGCUCCCUUUUUCCAUUUUUUCCUUUUUGAUUGUGUGAGGAGGAGGAUUGUGGAGAGAGUUGCUGAUAAUCAGUUUUGUUUCGCAUGUGACACUUCCUUAUGGUUUAAGUUACAUUCAACUCUUGAGUCAGUAUCAGCUUGUGUACAUCAUCUUAUGGGAGAGUUGAACUUUAUCUGAAAGAAGGCAGUCUCUGCCUUAUACUAGUUCAAACUUAAGAUUAAUAAGAACAUUGGCACAGCAGCAUUAUAGGUAGAGAUUAAGAACUCAUAUAUACCAGUUAGUUGACAGCCAUUUGUUGAAUCUAUCUUGCAGUUGGCUACUGGCUGCUCCUUAUAUCUUUCAUACUUCAUUUGUCAACAGUAGACUUUUCCUUCUCUGAAUUUUUAAACACAUUUAACUGCAGUGACUACAUUGCCAUUAUUUAAGUAUUUAUUAUCUUUAUUACAUGUCUCCUGUCUCCCAUAAACUCACAUUUCACUAAAUUGUGUAAUUUUCAUAAUUAGUUUGUCACAGUAUUUGUUUCAUGGCUUGAAAAGAACAUUAUAAGCAUACAUGCAUACUGUUGCCUUCCACAUAUCAUUUGUGCAACCCAUUCAGUGACCACGUAGGUUAUGGCCCCUGUCAGUAUGAAGAAUUAAUGAGAUCUGAUUUUAUAGUCUCACUCGUCUCAUUCUCAGAAAGAUAGUGUCAUUAUUCUUUUUUCACUGUAGCUUUGCAUUAAUUUUAUUAGGAAGUAAAUGCUAACUGACUAGAUGCAGUCUAUUGGCAGAUAUUCAUUUCAAUCAACAUACAACAUAAAGCUGAUAGUCUGCUUACAUAUGCCCUUAACUACUUAAAUAUGGUCUGUAAUGAUUAUAAUAAAAUUAAAUGCUACAGAAUUAAGUAAUUAAAUGUUACAAAAUUGAAUGUUUUCGUAUUUAAGGGAAAUGAGAUUGAAUAAAAUGUAAUUUAAGUGUAUUUUAACUCUUUCUGUUUCCCUUCCUACAAAUCUUACACUAUACAGAAAGUUUUUUGUGUUGUGAAGUGCUUGAUAAAAUUGUCUGCUUACGUGGUUUUAGCAUAUUUAUGUAGAA